AUGUCGCUCACAUCAUCAACGGCGUCGACCACCACCUUGCUGGUGCAGGAAGUGCCGCCAGCGUCGCCCGUGGUGACGUUGCGAUUAGCGCCGCGACGCAAGAAGAAGGGUGUCAAAUGGAACGAAGACGUAAUCGAUAACGAGCAUCUCGACAAGAAAAGCUCGAAGCUUUGUUGCAUCUAUCACAAACCGCGGAGCUGGGAUGACAGCGAUAGCAGCGAGGAGAGCAGCGACGAUGACAACAAGAACGCCUAUGAAAAGCAACCACGCCCAAAGAAGAAGCACGAUCACAGGCACCACAACUGCGCUCACCACCACCCGCACGACGCCUCUGAUGAUCAUCAGCACCUCCAUCAUGAGACCGGAGACCUCGUCCCACCAACCCACCCGUGA